AUGGCAAGGACUAAACAAACAGCAAGAAAAUCCACAGGAGGAAAAGCCCCAAGAAAACAAUUGGCAUCCAAAGCAGCAAGAAAAUCUGCCCCAGUAUCCACUGGUAUUAAAAAACCCCAUAGAUAUCGACCAGGUACUGUUGCUUUAAGAGAAAUUAGAAAAUUCCAAAAAUCUACUGACUUGUUAAUAAGAAAAUUACCAUUCCAAAGAUUAGUAAGAGAAAUUGCCCAAGAGUACAAAACUGACUUAAGAUUUCAAUCUCAAGCAGUUUUAGCUUUACAAGAAGCCGCUGAAGCAUACUUAGUAGGACUUUUUGAAGAUACAAACUUAUGCGCAAUUCACGCAAAAAGAGUUACAAUUAUGCCAAAAGAUAUCCAAUUAGCCAGACGUAUCCGUGGAGAAAGAUCUUAA